UGGAGGGAAUCCCGGACGACUGCAGGUCCCGCGCCGCCGCCUCUGCUCCGCUACCACCGCUCGCAGUCAAAAAGGGCUCUCAGCCGGCGAGUCGGGAGACAGUCCGCGAAGGAGGGAGGCGGGCGCCCGAGUUGCUUGCAGCGGUUUAGUUGUCGCUCCCUCCGCGCCAGAGAGAGGGCCGGGUGCAGGGGGUGUCGGAGCGAUGGGAGAUAGGCACAGAGGAGUCGCUGCGCUGCCCGGUGCGCACCGCUUGCUCCGCCGCUGCCGCCGCCCGGGCAGCAAUGACUGCGCCCGGAGCUGCCGCUGCUGCCGCGUCCUCCACUCCUGCACUCCUACCUCCUGCCGGCCCCGCGGGCUCUACGCCGGGCCAGCGCGCACGCUCGCUCGCUCAGGCGCGGGAGACCGGGGCGCACCGGGCGCCUCCGGGAGCCCGCUGGGGGCGCCCCGGCGCAAGUGGGAUUGCAGAAGCCGUGAGCGGGGCACUCAUGAUCCGCCGGGCGUCCAGCCCUCUCCCCAGCCCUGGGAGGGAGGCUGCUUGCCCCGGGGUGCGGAUCGGAGCGUGGCAGGCGCGUCUCCAUCGCCCAGAGCGCGCGGCAUCUCCUCCCUUUCCCCGGGGAACCCUUCACUAACCCAGGAUGCCGCCCCAUUCCUGCUCACAACGGUUCCAACCCAGGGAGGAAGCAGAAUGCGGGGCUCUGGGGGCCUCACCACCACUGCUCAUUUCCAGGUGCCCCAGCUUUGGGAAGGAGCGACGAACGGGGCGACGGGGGCGGGGGGGGGGGUUGGGCUGCAACUUUUCACUCCCUGCUUUGCUUCCCUCUGGCGGGGGCACGGCAGCUGACUCACGCGCGGAGCGGACAGAGGAGCCAGGGGCCUUCGAGAUCUGUGCUCUGGGCUUACGUGUCUGCGCGUCGUGGCACUAAGGACGACAGAAGCUGAAAGGACACGCAAGGCCGAUUAAUAAACGCACAGAAGCGAACGCUUUUCGCCCUUAAAAGAGAAAAAGAAAAAGAACAGUCCCUCCGGGACUCCUCCCUUAACCCCGGGGCGGACUGGGGCGGGGAGGUGCGGUUUGACUAAUCGUUCAUUCACCGGAGAAAGAGGGAGGGACCCACGCGGCGGCUAAUCUCUGGCAAAAACCGGCACAGCGGUCUCGGCCGCUCGGAGUUCUCGCCUCCGCAGCCCUGGGUGUCCAGGAGCCCGAUCCUCAGGCCCCGGGUCCCUGGCCGGAUCGAGGCCUCCCGCUCAAGCCAUGGCACCCUCUGCUCAGGGGGGUGGGGGGAGUGGGCAGGGGGUUGCAAAGGAGAAGAAAUUUGGAAUGUGAAAUUAGAGGACGCUUGGCAAGUAUUGGGACCUGAUAACCAGCUGUCUUCAGAGCGCAUUGUGGAACGCCAGCUUCCUCUCCCCAAGAAUGGAAACUGGGGGCCUCACCCGCCCCUCCUUCUGUCGCGUCCCCCUGGGUGGAUCUGAAGGGCAGUCACCAACUAGCCAGGCACGUUUCUCAGACGGACGCACCUAACAAUUUCCCAGCAAAGGGGGUUGUCUAGUCGAAGAAACUAUACUUCUGCAAAUGUUUGCCUACAGGUUUACAGUUUCCUCUUAAACCCUCCUCGGUUUCCUCCCCCCACGGGGGGGGGGGCUGUUUAUUUGUUUUUUGUUUUUAAGUAAUUGGAGCCUUCAUUUAAGGCAGCAGUGCCCAUAUCCCACCACGCCGAGGAGCGGAUAGGAGCGCAUUGCUCUGAAAGAGAAAAAAAAAGUAAGAGAAGGGAAAGCUGUCAUUAGUUUAGCACGCUCCAUUUCCUUCUCAAAACAGAUUUUUAGUGUAAAACUCAAGUUAAAAGAGAAGAAAGAUGAUGUGUGGUUGCUUUUUCCCCUCCUCUAAAUAACCACCAUGGCCAGGCAGCUUCUUGAAACUAAGAGUGUUAAAUGUAUUUACUAAUGAUAAAGAGACCAUGCAAAAAAAAAAAAAAAAAAAAAAAAAAAAA